AUGAUUAUCUACACUAACACCGGCAAUCCUCUCGGCUUGAAGCUGCUUAUUUGUGCCAAUUUGGUCGACACCGACGUGGAGGUUAAAAAUGUUACUCUGAGUGACCCUGCCUUAGGCGAUAUGAAACAUUUGCCCAUUCUUCAAUUGAACAGUGGUGUGCAACUAAUUUCCUCCGACGUGGCUGCCAAGUAUCUGCUUCACAACAAGGUUGAUCGCUUUGCUAACACGGUGCAGCGAGAUGAAUGGCUAGAAUGGUCUUCGAAAAGACUUGCGCCAGCCUUAGCGCACAACAUGGCUGUCGGAUCGCGUGCCGAUCCGAACACGAAACCUAUCCUCAAUACGUUAGUGAAAAUGUUAGACGAUUGUCUUCGCACAAGCGAGUUUUUAACGGGUGAUAAACUGAGUUGUGCCGAUGUGGCUAUCUGGAGUCUGCUUGCACCGCAUGGAACGCUCAAAGGUGCGAUAAACAUAGAUAAUCUGCUGCGCUGGUAUCGACAAAUUGCUGCUCUACCGCAGGUUCAAGCUGCCUUGACCGUACUUCCAUUACACGAACUAUGCUUUUCCUCGCUACAACAUUGCAACAACUUCGGUGGAUUGCAUCAUAUCGUUCUUAACCCGGAGAUAGCAGAUUUGGAAGGGGAACAGCUGCUGGCGGAUACUUCUAUAUUAAACAUAGCCGAAACCGUGCAACAGGAUGAAAUCGAAACAGCACGGCAAGCUUUUGAGGAUGUUGUCUAUGAGCGUGCAAUACGAGAUGAGCCUCGAAUUGUGCUACCAAAACCUGGCGAAAAGAACAAUCUCAUUACUUCCGCCUUGCCUUAUGUAAAUAACGUGCCCCAUCUGGGAAACAUUGUCGGUUGCGUGCUUUCGGCCGAUGUAUUUGCGCGUUAUUCUCGUCUCUGUGGGUACAAUACACUCUAUAUUGGGGGAACUGAUGAAUACGGCACAGCGACCGAGACCAAGGCCUUGGCAGAAAAUUUAACUCCACGACAGAUUUGCGACAAAUAUUUUGACAUUCAUAACUCUAUCUACCGUUGGUUUGGAAUCGGGUUCGAUUAUUUUGGCCGAACAACUACUGCUGAGCAGACUCGUAUCGUGCAGCACAUUUUCAACGAACUGCACAAAACAGGAUACAUCGAGGCUCGGUCGGUAGAGCAAUUACUUUGUCAACGAUGUGAUCGUUAUCUGGCGGACCGGUUUGUUGAAGGAACUUGCCCACAUCCCGGUUGCGGCUAUGAAGACGCCAGAGGCGAUCAAUGCGAUGGAUGUGGAAAGUUGAUAAAUGCUAUAGAACUGCUUCGCCCGCGCUGUAAAAUUUGCAACACUACGCCUGUUAUUCGUGAUUCGAACCAACUCUUCCUUGAUUUACCUAAAAUCGAACCGCGACUUCGAGAAUGGGUUGAGCGUUCGGAGGCUGGUUGGACUCAGAAUGCUCGUGUUAUAACGCGCGCUUGGCUAAAAGAAGGCCUGAAAGCUCGGUGCAUUACGCGUGAUUUAAAGUGGGGUAUUCCGGUGCCUCUGGAGGGGUACGAUAACAAGGUAUUUUAUGUUUGGUUUGAUGCCCCAAUUGGAUACAUAUCUAUCACGAGUCGCUACUGCAAGGAGUGGCAGAAAUGGUGGCAGCCGGAUACGCCGAAUACCGGCGCAAGAGUUGAUCUAUACCAAUUCAUGGCCAAAGAUAAUGUACCAUUCCAUUCAAUCAUGUUUCCGGCUUCGUUGCUUGCUGCCGAUCAAGGAUACGCACUCGUUUCACACAUCAUGGCUACAGAGUACCUUAACUAUGAGGAUGGGAAAUUCAGCAAGAGCCGCGGCAUAGGUGUUUUUGGCAACGAUGCCCAGAAUACGGGCAUACCGGCAGAUGUGUGGCGUUUCUAUCUGAGUGCGACUCGCCCCGAAGGACAAGAUUCGUCCUUCAGCUGGAGCGACUUGCAGGCACGCAACAAUAAUGAACUUCUUAAGAAUCUGGGCAAUUUUGUGAACCGUGCGCUCGUGUUUUGCGAAAAGUUCUUUGAUUCAACCAUUCCGCCAAUGACACUAUUGGUGGACGGUGGCGAAAACGGGGAGCGCGGUGGAGACUACACGCUAUUGGCGUUGAUAAAUCGCGAAAUAAGGGGCUAUGUAAACCAGAUGGAAAAGGCUCGCAUGCGUGAUGGCAUUCGACAUUUGCUACAAAUCUCACGCUACGGCAACCAGUUUAUGCAAUCGGAACAGCCAUGGGUUAAAGUGAAGGGAACGGAUGAUGAAAAAGCUCGAGCUGGUACUGUGAUCGGCAUGUGUUGCAAUUUUGCAUGUUUACUGGCAACGCUUCUGUUCCCCUUCAUGCCUACAACAGCAAGAAGCAUGUAUAGCCAACUAAAUGUACGCGGCGGGUAUAUAAAUUCAAGUAAGCCGGUGCUGAGAACUAUUCUUCCGCCUGGUCAUCGGAUUGGUAAACCUAUCGUGCUGUUUACAAAAAUUGAAGACGCUCGUAUUGAAGAACUUAAAAAAAAGUUUGGUGGGCAGCAACAGCAGAGUAAAAUUACACCUAAUGUAAUCGUUGCGAAUGAAACUUCGGCUAUGGGCAGUUCCUCAGCGGUUAAAGAUGUGCAAAAAGCAAUAGAUGAGCAGGCUGCGAAAGUACGCAAGAUCAAAGCUAGCGGUGCCGAUCGAGCAGUUUGGCAACCGGAAGUAAACACUCUACUUGAGUUAAAAAAACAACUCCAAUUAACUGACUUAUCGCUCCGCACUCAAAGCAGCAUGUCGUCGAACACAUUGGCAGAUGCAACUAAAUCAGCUGAAUUAUUACCGGCAACAGCUUCCAAUCCAACGGCAGUAAAGCUGCUUGAAGAAGAGAUUGCACAACAAGGAAUCAAGGUACGCAACCUGAAAGCGACUAACUCUGAUAGAUCAGUUUGGCAACCAGAAGUAUCGUUGUUGGUGUCGCUGAAGCAAAAGCUAAGUGAACUUACAGGAGUUCCGUUUGCCGUAACAACUGAUAGCGGAAAAAAGAAGGGAAUCAAGAAAUAGAAUCAUGUAGUGGUUCAUGUUUGGACCUUUACUUAGUC